AUGCAAGUUUUCAUUAAAGAACCAUCCAAACAUUCACAUGCACCUGAUCCAGAUCGACUUCACAUAAUUCGACUUAAAAAUGAGAUUAAACUUCGUGGUACAUCAUCAGAUGAAGCACCAAGUACAAUCUUAUUUGAUGUAUUACGUUCAACACCAUUGACAGCAGCACCUGGUUUACCUACGAAUGAUGCAUUAUUGCAAACAAUUCGUCGUGAACGACCAGCUAUACAACUUGAUCAUCAUGGUCGUUUACCUCUAAUAUUACGACAAACUGAUCGCGGUGAAAGCUUCAUCUUGUAUGAAGAUGAUUCUAUGGUUAUAUUUACAUGUGAUAAAAAUCUUUCGGUAUUAAAGGAAUGUAAACAUUGGUUCAUGGACGGAACCUUCAGUAUUUGUCCCAACAGUUAUUAUCAAUUAUUUACUAUUCAUGGAAUGUAUUCACUUCAAAUUAUUCCUCUUGUAUAUGUUUUACUUAUUGGAAAAAAUACUAAUGAUUAUAAUAGUCUUUUUGAACAGCUCUUAUUGCACUAUGAUUAUGAACCCGAGUCUGUUUUAGUUGAUUUUGAGAGUGCUACUCUUAAAUCAACCAAGACAAUGUUUCCCGAAGCUAUUCAGAUAGGUUGUCUAUUUCACUUUGGACAGUGCUUGUGGCGAGAAGUACAAUCAUUAGGUUUACAAAAUAAAUACACGAAUGAUGAUAAAUUUCGUAUAAACGUAAAAAAACUAAUGGGACUUGCAUUUGUACCUGUUGGUGAUGUACUUAAAGCUUAUGCAUCUUUAGUUAAUGAUUUUGAUGAUGAAGAUUAUCUUUUACUUGAUUAUUUUGAACGAGUAUGGGUUGGUCAAAAGAAGGGAAGAGGUAGCCGACGUGGUAAACCAAGAUUUAGUUUACAAUUAUGGAAUAUUUAUGAUCGAGUUAUACAAGACUUGCCAAGAUCUAAUAAUGCCAUAGAGGGUUGGCAUCAUGCAUUCAAUAAUCGUGUAUCAAUCAAACAUCCUUCUAUAACUAAACUUGCAAAAUGUAUACUACGUGAACAAGCUAGAUUUGAAAUAGAUAUUGAACGACUUCGUGCAGGUGAACUACCAAAGAAAAAAAAAAGAGUUUAUGUUGAUCUUGAUGCACGAUUGAAAAGAGUCGCACUGUCUUAUGAUGUCAAUAAUAUCGAGGAAUAUUUAACUAGAAUUGCUAUGAACUUGAAAAUAUGGACUUGAAUUUACUUUAAUAAAAUUUUUUAAAUAUUAUUGUAAUGUAAAUUGAUAGAUACUGUAUGGGACGAAAUGUAAAGGGACGAAAUAAAUUUGGGACGAUUAGUAAGGGGAUAAAAUGAAAUUGGGGCAAAAUGUAAAGGGACUAGUUGUAAAGGGACAAAAUGUAAAGGGACUAGUUGUAAAGGGACAAAAUGUAAAUGGGACGAAUUGUAAAUGGGACGAAUAAUAAGGGGCCGAAUUGUAAAGGGACGAAAUGUAAUUGGGACGAGUUGU